AUGUCGCUCCCCUUCUUGAAGGCGCCAUCUUGCUUGCUCGCGGCGUCCCUGGUGUUGGAUCUAGAGAUGUUUGAUGUUUGGCCGUGGACAAUUGAGAGCACGGCCGACAACACUCACCGGACGAACAACUGCAGCUACACCGUGUGGCCGGGCAUCCUCACCAACGCGGCCGCCGCGCAGCCGCCCACCAUCGAUUUCGUGCUCUCCCCGGGCCAGUCUCGUGCACCGUAUCCGUCACGAAUGGCUGGUACGGCCGCAUAUGCGGACGCGCCACCGACAACUGCGGCUCUGGCGCCGUCGAGUGCCCCGCCCGCGGCGCCGCACCACCGGAUUAAUGCAAACUUCCGGCGGGGCCGACGACUUCUACAACGUGAGCCGGACGGCUACAACAUGCCGAUGAUGGUCGCGCCGCCGAACGCAAACUGCGAGCAAACAGGCUACCCCGCCGACCUGAACGGGGCGUGCCCGCUGGAUCUCCGAGUCGUCGUGGCCGACGUGAAGGUGGCGUGCUUGGACCUGGAGCGCAUGCGAGACGUUUGGGGUGGAGGCGUACUGCUGCAGCAGCGCCCACGACACGCCGGCGACAGUCGCUCCACGGCCUCCUGCGGCUCUUCAAGGCCCGCGUGCCCGCGCGCCUACAGCUACACCUGUGAGGAUGCGAGCGUGAGAAGAAGUGGAAUACGCUUAUACGCGAGGAAGAGCUACCUAUUUAUAGCGUACAAAAGGAUGGACAAAAGGAAACGAAAUUAA